GUAGAAAAAGGGGGACUGCUGUCAUUACACUUCUUUCUCAGAGAGACAGCAAACAGAAAAAAGGGUUAGAGGAAGCUCAUCAAACCUAAACAAAGACCGUUGGAUCAGUACAUGCAUCCACAUACAGACAUGACUUGCAAACUCUGGCUCGUUCUGUGUUCCAUGUGGCUUCUGCUGGCAACAUCUGAAGCUGGACGGCAGAUGCCUAAACUUUCCAACAGGAAACUCUGCGCCGACUCCGAAUGCAGCCACCCCAUCUUGAUAGCUCGUGCAGUGCAGGACUACUAUCCUGGAGACUGCAGGUUCAUCCCCAUCAGACAGGGGCAGCUUGUCUAUGUAUAUGCAAUGCUUAAAGACAGAGGGAACCUCUUCUGGGCUGGCAGUGUACAAGACUCUUAUUAUGGCCAACAGGAGGCUCGUGUUGGCCACUUCCCCAGCAGCGUUGUGGAGGAGACACACCCUCUCAUGCCAGCCAGCACUGAAGUUACAACUACGAAAUGGGACUUCUACUGUUACUGAUGAUGUAUGUACCGAUGAAGAGAACGACACGCUUGUCAAACACACUUUACAACUUUGGUAUCACAUGAUCUUACACACAUUGUUGAUGUUAUAGCAUAUGUACAGUAUAUCGGUACUGCUGAUAAUCUGCAAUUGCAAAGAGAAACAUGGGCAGCAGCUACACAUUGCAGCAAAUAAUCCUAGAAAGUUAUUAGAUCUCAUCAUCGGGAUUUGAAAGAGCUGAAACAAGAACCAUUGCUGUUUAACGCUUUGUGUUGGACUCCUUCUGCUGUUGAUUGAUUGCUAGAUAAAUCGCACAGCCUACAUUCUCACUUAUGCUGACUGUAUGUGUUUUUUCAGGUAUUAAAUGUCUUAUAAUAUA